UGAUGAAUGAAUCUUGAAAUCAUUUAAAAAGACCGAUAGUACUGACAUGUUUCCUAUUCAUCAUCGAGAGUAAGCCACAAUGCUACGCCUUUCUACAAAGGUUAUAAUACCUUUUGCCUUGAUUGUAGUACUUACUCUUGCUGUUGAAACGUGGACAAAGCCUUUAUUGUUUCCCCCUGGUGGUGGAGGAGGCAAUUCAUUAUACACUCUUUCAAAGUCAAAUCGGGGACCAGAUUUCUACUCUGAUGGAUUUUGGCAAUUUUGGACCGCAGCCGAUCCAACACAUGGCUCUGUUCAAUUUGUAAGUGAAGCGAAUGCUAUUCAACAAGGCUUGAUCGGUAUAACAGGAUCAGGCGCUGCUUUUGCUCGAGCGAGUAAUAUAAAUCUACCCGCAAACACAAACAGGCCUUCUGUACGUUUCCAAUCAUCGGCAGCAUAUGAUGAAGCGCUGGUCAUUUUUGAUGUUGCUAAAAUGCCAGUCGGUGCCGCUACUUGGCCUGCUUUAUGGACAUGCGGUCCUGAUUGGCCAAAUUAUGGAGAAAUCGAUGUGUUGGAAAAUAUUGGAGUAACUGGACAAGGUACUUUUAGCAAUCUUGUUUCUGUUCAUAUGGGCAGUGAUUCGCCUAACGAAGCAUCUCCGUCUUCGUUCUCCGGAAAGGUAGCCGGAUCAAAUUGUGAUACGAAUUACGGUCAAGGAAUGAAUGGAUGUCAAAUAUAUGAUAGCAAUAAUCACGGACCUUCUUGGGGUGUAAAUUUCAACAGUAAUGGAGGAGGCGUUUGGGCACUGCAAUUUGGUCAGGGAGCGGGUGUUAAAGUCUGGUUUUGGGGACGAGGACAAGUUCCAAAUGAGUUAUCCAAUCCCCGUUCUACGCCUGAUAUUUUAUCAACUUCCGAUUGGGGAGAACCGAUGGCUAAUUUUCAAUCUGACGUCAUUAAUUCAGAUUUACGGCAGCAAAGUAUUGUAUUAGAUAUUACGAUCGGAGGUGAUUGGGCGGGCACUCAACCAUUAGAUGGACCAUAUUCUGGUCAAUCGUUAGCGCAAGCUUUACAAAAAGGUAGCAACUAUGAUGAUGCAGAAUUCAUUAUAAACGGUAUUGAUAUCUAUACAUAAAAUCUUUUCAUACUUAUGGAAUAGUAAUUUUGUUUUUACUUGGACUCCUUGAAUGUAUGGCAACGUGAUAAUUUGAUACCAUCC